AUGGCGUUCAUCUCUUCUGACAUAAGUCAAGGCGUACGCUUUCGUUCCGAGAGUGCACAGGUGCUGGGUAUUGCCCAUCACCAGUUGUAUACCCAUCCUAGACGUACCCUACUAGAUGCGCAAAGCGUUGAGUUGGUGCCGGCAGAACCGAACAAACAACAUGCAAGCGGCGUCGGCAAUGUGCUAUGGAUCUCUGACAUACACAUUGAUCCUUACUAUGGUGAUAUAGGGACUGUACCGAACUGCACGCACGAUACCAAAUACGGGGGCAAAGGCUGUGACACACCCUGGCGACUGUUUACAUCGCUCGUGGAGUCUGCAAGCGAAAACGUGCCGCAGCCGGACUUUAUCCUGACGACAGGCGACUACAUCCGCCACUGGCCGGAGGUCAUGCCUGAUCCAGAGAAUGAAGAGUACGAAGUGCUCAGCCGCAUCGUCACAACGUUGGAGAAUACCUUCCCCAAUGCGCAUAAGGUGUACCCGUACCAAUUGCUCGAAUGGAACCCUAAACCCUAA